AUGUCGUUCUCGAAUAUAACAUUUCAGAGAGGAUUUUCCUCUAUUCCCAGGGCUUUACGGGAAUGGAGACUAGUUGAAACCAGAAAAGCUUCCAAACUACCCGUUUACAACGUUGGUGAUCGCAAACCUGCAUUUGUGCCUAAGCAGAGGAAAGAGUUCCCAGACUAUAAGUACGGGGAAUCUAAUAUUUUUAAGCAAAGUAACAAGGGUCUUUAUGGUGGAUCUUUUGUUCAAUACGGUAAUAAUGUGUCUGAGAGUAAGAAGAAGACAAGGAGGCGGUGGUUGCCAAAUGUAAUCAAAAAGGGUCUAUGGAGUGAGACUUUGAACAGGAAUGUCAGUAUCAAAAUGACUGCUAAAGUUUUGAGAACUAUCACUAAGGAGGGUGGCAUCGACAACUAUCUGGUUAAAGACAAAUCUGCAAGAAUCAAGGAACUCGGCCCAACUGGUUGGAAACUGCGUUAUAGAGUUUUACAACAACAAGAGAAAAAAUCCAAUCCCCCUCAUCAGAACGCACCAAUUGUUGAAGACGCUCAAGGUAAUAAAUACCGUGUUUACUUUGAAGAGAAUGUCAAUGGGCAGUCUUUGAGAAUCACUGUAGGAAGAAGAAAGCUUUUGCACUUUCUAUAUCCGCUAAUGAAGAUGGAGUAUAAGGCAGACGGGAAAGAACUUUCUCACAAAGAAUUUCUAGAGCUUUAUGAACAGCAUUCGGCGCACAAUAUCAUCACCGAUCUCUUGAAGCUUGGCUUUGAUGUAUCUACCAUUACCGUUUGA